AUUCUGAGAAAUCCAAAACUAUUUUUAUAUUUUAUAUGUGUGUUCAUAUAUAUACACAUAUACAGAUGCUGUAUAUAAAAGAAGAAACCAGCUAAAUCUCCAAUCUAUUCUUCCUCUUCGAUCCCCUUCCCCUCUAUUCUUCUUGGCGUCAGAAGACGGAAAGAGAAACCCAACACUCAAUAAAUUUCUCUCUCUAUCUCUUACAUAAACCACAGGAACAAAGAGAACACAGAAAACAAAGCAGUUCCGUCGAAGCAUCAAUGCCUGCACAGAAGCGUUCAUCCUCAGAGAAUCUUCACGAUGAAGAGUCUUUGCAACAGCACUUCCGUCGCAAGCAAUCGCGACGUGAACGAGAAGAUGAAGAUGAAGAAGAAGAAGAGCAAGACGAUGAGGAAGGCGAAGAGGAUUCCGAUGGAAGCCGUUCGUGCGACGACCCUGAAAAAACACCUGAAAUCAUCUCUGUGGUGCUGCCAGAUGUUCGUAGAGAUGUACAAUGUCCAAUAUGUCUAGUUGUAAAGAGUAUAAGAAAGCAGCAACACCAGUAUUCGAGCGUUUGUCUGGUUUACAGGCUACAAGGCAUUAUUAAGAAAACUCGAACGGUUAUGGAAUGCAUGCACCGCUUCUGCAGGGAAUGCAUUGACAAAUCAAUGAGACUUGGGAACAAUGAGUGUCCUGCCUGCCGAACACAUUGUGCCAGUCGACGAUCUUUGAGAGAUGAUCCAAGAUAUGAUACCAUAAUUGAGUCUAUAUAUCCUGAUAUUGAUAAGUAUGAGGAAGAGGAACUGGCUUUUCAUGAUGAGGAGAGAGCUCGUAAUAAGCAGAUUCAAGCAUCAAUUGCUCAAAUAUUUCAACGACAAUCAGAAGCACUGGUUAAGAGGCGAACAACUGGUAAAGAUACAGCUGCUGCAUCUACGGCAAGAUUACGGCGCAAUUAUCGGAAUGCUUAUACAAGAAGAAGAAGGAACAGCCGGGUCACCGAACUACUGGGAUCUGAUGACAAUGAGGAGGAAAAUGAUCAUGAUGGGAACAAAGAUUCAUCUUCAACUGAAGAACAUGGAAUAGAAACAAAGCAGAGGAGGGGCAGGAGACGCACAGGAGCUCGUCUGUCCCAGCCUUCUCCAUCAGUGGCCAAUUCUGAUGGUAAAUGCAUUGAAAAUGAUUUAGAAACAGGCAGAGAAAGUACGGGUAUUUCUCCUGGGAUUAUUUGGAACCCGGAAAUGCUUGCUUGGGGCAGAGGUGGCACUCGGAGUCAUGCUCGACAUGGCAGUGCCAACAGUAGCAAGUGUGUUCGCAGUACCCGCUUGUCCAAGCUAGUUGAGUAUCUCCGAAGCUUAGAGGAAAAUGACAAUGAGUUAGAUGUCCAACUCAUGCUUAUUUCUUUGGACAAACAAAGAACACCAAGUUUGCAGCAGCCCUACCUAUGCUGCCGGCCGAGUUUGUCAAUUAAACACCUUUGUGAAUACAUUGCUCAUGAGACACCAUUGCAAGCCGAUGAUGUUGAAUUGCUAGUUGUGAAGGAGACUCCAAAAUCUAAUGUUGAGCAGUCCACUCUCAGCCCUCCAACCUUAACUGAUAAUAUGAAUUCCUUCUCCCAAAUGAAUGAUCCAUGCAAAGUUGGGCUACAAAUUUUGGAAGAACCAGAAACUCUAGCAGCAGUUAGAGCCAAUUCCAGUUCGAGUCAGGGCCAUUUGAUUCUAGCAUAUCGGCAGAAGGAGACUAACUAGCAAAUUUUUCAAUGAGCCUACCGUGUGCUUUUCAGUUGUUAUUAAAUGCCAGCCCCUCUGUUUGUAAAGGAAGGUGCAUCAGUGUAUCAAACAAGAUGCGGAAGGCAAGAUCUAAGGCUGCUUCAGCCCCAGGUGAAGAAUAGUGCUCCUGUAUUUAGAUCAUGCCCAUUAAGAAUAUAAAUUGCUGGGGGUAUUUACUCCGACCAGCAAUAUACUUAGCUGCAUAUGUGUAUUCUCUACAGUUAAUAGUUUGGGUCCUUUUACUUUGGAAGAGCCGCUAGUACUUGAUGUCAACAGUCAACAAUUAUAUUAUGAUGAAUCAAAUUGUAUGACAGGUAUUGCAUUAAAUUAUGCUUGGCUUGAUAUACACAAUUUCUUUCUAACAGCUUGUGAAUCUGAAAAAUCAUGAAGUAUUAGUUUUGUCA